CUGGUGAGCACCGUGUGCGACCGACAGGUCUUCCCCCUCUUUGAGGAGGACGACCUCGACCUGGCGGACGGCGCCCUGGGGGACGAUGUCGACCCGGCCGCCAAGGACUACAACCAGCUGCAGGCCUACUACAGCCAGGAGAACCGGGUGCUGUUCCUGGUGCUCACCUCCAUCUGUGACACGCCGCAGCUGCUGCGGGCAUGCGGGGACCUGGCGGCGGCCGAAUGAAGGGAGACCGGGCGGCCAUCACUCCGGCCCGGCCAUCCCUCCGGUGGCCCCUCCCCACUGUCCCACGCUGAGGCCCACGAGUUCUGGAAGCACCAGGAGAAGCUGCACUGCCUGAGCCUUCUCUACCUCUUCUCUGUCUGCCACAUUCUGCUGCUGGUGCACCCCACCUGCUCCUUCGAUAUUACCUAUGACCGCGUCUUCAGGGCGCUGGAUGGGCUGCGGCAGAAGGUCCUGCCCUCCCUGAAGGCUGCUAUCAAAGACUGCCCGAUUGGCAAGGAAUGGAAGCUUAACUGCAGGCCCUGCCCUCCACGCCUCCUCUUCCUCUUUCAGCUCAACGGAGCCUUGAAGGUGGAUCCCCUCCCAAGCAGGGGCCAGGACCCCUGUGGUCACCUGGAAAAGCCACCCCCCAAGAAGCACUCUCCCAAGAGGAGGCUGCAGCAUGCUCUGGAGGAUCAGAUCUACCGCAUCUUCCGCAAGAGCAGGGUGUUAACCAACCAGAGCAUCAACUGCCUGUUCACCGUGCCUGCUAACCAGGCGUUUGUGUACAUUGUGGCUGGUGGGGUCCUGGAUGGAGACGAUCCGGUGGCCAUGCUUCUUGACCAACUCAGGAACAACUGCACCAUGAGAGAGACUGACUCACUGCUGGCUCCCACACUGUCAGGACCCAGGAGGUAUCAGAUGAUGCGGCAUGGCAGGCAGCAGCUCUCCUUCCAUGCAGAGAGCAGCAGCAGCAGCUCCAGCUCCUCUGGGCAGCUUGUGGACUGCACCCUUAAGGAGUUCUUGUGGCAGCACGUGGAGCUGGUGCUCAGCAAGAAGGGCUUCGAUGACAGCGUGGGGAGGAACCCACAGCCCUCUCACUUUGAGCUCCCAACCUACCAGAAGUGGGCCGCUGCAGCUUUAAAACUGUAUGAAGUGACCAUUGAAGGCAAAGAUGAUGACCUGACCACUGGGGAGCUGAGCUCAAAGAUCAUGGGCAGCAUCAAAGUCUUGGAAGGCUAUUUAGAUAUAGACACCAAAUUCUCUGAAAACCGUUGCCAGAAAGCUCUCCCCAUGGCCCACAGCGCCUAUCAGUCCAAUCUGCCCCACAACUACACCAUGACAGUCCACAAGAACCAGCUGGCACAGGCCUUGCGUGUGUACAGCCAGCAUGCCCGUGGCCCGGCCUUUCAUAAGUAUGCCAUGCAGCUGAAUGAGGACUGCUACAAGUUCUGGAGCAACGGGCAUCAGCUCUGCGAAGAGAGAAGUUUAACUGACCAACACUGCGUGCAUAAGUUUCAUCUGCUCCCAAAAGCAGGAGAAAAGCCAGAAGCAGACAGAAAUCCUCCAGUUCUGUACCACAACAGCCGGGCUCGUUCCACUGGUGCCUGUAACUGUGGAAGGAAACAAGCUCCACGGGACGAUCCCUUUGAUAUCAAAGCAGCUAAUUAUGACUUCUACCAGCUGCUGGAAGAAAAAUGCUGUGGGAAACUGGAGCACAUCAACUUUCCUGUAUUCCAGCCAAGCACACCUGAUCCAGCGCCUGCUCGGGAUGAGUCGUCGCCUGCCCCUCCAGAAGGCGAGAUUGAAAAACUCAAAGAAAAAGAACCUCAGACUCAGGGGGAAAGCACAGGCCUGAGCUUAGCCCUCAGCCUGGGCCAGUCGACGGGCAGCUUGGGCACUUUCCCACCCGAUGCCCAGGGUGGAGGGGACAACACAGAAAGUCAUGGGCAGAGCGGGGACUCCAAAAGUGAGAAAAGGCCGAGUCUGGUUGAUCGCCAGGCCUCCACUGUCGAGUACCUCCCUGGGAUGCUCCACUCCAAUUGCCCUAAAGGCCUGUUGCCCAAGUUCUCCAGCUGGUCACUGGUUAAGCUGGGGCCUGCUAAGGCUUAUAAUUUCCACACAGGCUUAGAUCAACAAGGGUUUAUCCCAGGAACAAACUACUUAAUGCCUUGGGACAUUGUCAUCAGGACAAGAACUGAAGAUGAAGGAGACUUAGAUACCAAUUCCUGGCCUGCACCUAACAAGGCUGUGCCUGGAAAAAGAAGCACGGUUGUGAUGGGAAGAGGAAGACGGAGAGAUGACAUAGCCCGAGCUUUUGUAGGAUUUGAAUAUGAAGAUGCACGUGGAAGGAGGUUCAUGUGUUCAGGGCCUGAUAAGGUCAUGAAAGUGAUGGGAGGGGGGCCAAAGGAAUCUGCCAUCAAAGCCCUCAAUUCUGACAUGCCACUGUACAUCCUGUCCUCAACGCAGGGACGAGGACUGAAACCACAUUACGCUCAGUUCAUGAGGCUCUUCGUAGUGGUUCCUGAUGCUCCGCUGCAAAUUACACUAACGCCUCAGGUUCAACCAGGGCCACCACCUUGCCCUAUAUUUUACCCUGAGAAGCAGGAGAUAACCCUCCCAUCUGACGGACUGUGGGUUCUCAGAUUUCCUUAUGCAUAUGUUACAGAACGUGGCCCCUGCUUUCCUCCCAAAGAAAGCCAACAACUAAUGAGUUACAAAGUUCUCCGAGGAAUACUGAAAGUGGUUACACAAUAGGAUUAUUCUCGUAGAUUUGUUUUUGUUUUAAAAGACUAUCUUCAACCCAAA